GUGAAGUCUCCUCGAGCUGCACAUGGGUAUCUACCAUGCUCCUCCCAUCCUAGGAAAAUCUGGGCCACUACCAUGCGAGCCAAAGGGCUAAGGUGUUACCAAAAUGAUGCUGCUGCUCUCCAGGCUGUCCUGUUGUAUGUGGAGGUGAGCUGCAGCAAGCUGUUCAAGCUGACCUGAAUGUGCACCAUCCUGCCAUGUCUGGGCUACAGCCUUGGCCUAAAGGUUGCCUUGAAUCUAGGCAGUGCAGUAUAGCAGAAGGAUGGUUUGAUUUGUGAUGGUCUAGAAGAGUCUUCUUUCAGCUGCCUGGCCUGGCCUUUGGAAGGACACUGCAGUGGCUUCUCCUCUGGAGAGCUUGCUGUACCUCUGCUGCUUCAGGCAUUCCUGUCCUGCUUUUGCCUUCUUUCUUUUUAAUCAUUCUCUAAUUCAAAGCCAAGUGAUGUAUUUUAAGUUGUGCAGUCAAGGCCUGUGCUCCAGGAAGGCCUGGGAAAAAAACCUUUUUAAAGGCCUGACCCAGGCAGGGGAGAUUCCUUCUAGUGCUGGGGCCAGGCCAGGGCAGGACUCGCUCACCUUCCCCUAGGGACACCAUUUUAUCUCUGCUGUAAGGUUUACAUCCUGCAGAAGUCCUGGUCUCCCUCCAGUUGAAGGGGAGACUGGGAGCUCUGGCAGGAGUGGGGCUGAUUUCUGAAUCUCAAGAGAACCAAGAGAGUGAGCAGUUUGAGGCUGUCUGAGUCAGUAUGGUGCUGCUGCUACAGAUCAAAGCUACUGGUUUAUAUUUUUAUAACGUGUGGUCCCUGCUGACAUUCUCCUGCGGAUGUACUGAUCAAAUGAGCUCUGAUGUUGUCCAGGGGGAUCCCUUCCAGGAGCCCCCAGGUCUGCAGAGGGGGAAGGUGCUGGGUGCUGGUGGGGGUUGGCAUAGUCCCUACCAUCAGUGUGCCCACACAGACGUGUUCAGGACACAGUCCUGGUGCAGGGUGCACGGCCUUCGCUACAAACCCCCAAAGGCUGCUCAGGAGCAAGGUCCUUGUAUUAUAAACUGCCUGAUGUCUGCCCCCAGUUUCCUCUGUGGACUGUUCCAGAUGGGCCCAGACCUGGGGACAUAACCUCCUGCCCUGUGUAGACCCCUCGGUGGAAUGGCUUUUCUGUUCUGGCUCGCAGAGGACACUUCCUCCCAUACCUCCUCUUGAAGUACGUGAUCAUCUCCCGGGAGGAGAGGGAGCAGAACCUGAUGGCCUUCCAGCACAGCGAGAGGAUUUACUUCCGCGCCUGCCGUGACAUCCACCCCGGGGAGAAGCUGCGGGUCUGGUACAGCGAGGAUUACAUGAAGCGCUUGCACAGCAUGUCCCAGGAGACCAUCAACAGAAACCUCACCAGCGGAGACAGGAAGUGGCAGAGGGAGAAGCUGGACAAGCAUGUAGAAAAUCAAGAGGAUGGGAGGGGGUCGCUCCAGCUCACCACCUUAAAACAAGGGAAGAGCCCUUACAAGCGCAGCUGUGAUGAGGGGGAGUCCCACCCCCAAACGAAGAAAAAAAAGAUUGACCUCAUCUUCAAGGACGUCCUGGAGGCCUCUUUAGAGUCUGCCAAGUUUGAAGAGAACCAGUUGGCAACGAGCACACCACUUUCCAUCCGAAGAGCAUCCAAGUACCAGGCCGAAGACAUCUUCGAGAAGUGUGGCAGUGCCAUGCAGCACGGCUCCCUAAACUUCGGCAGAAACCGAAGUGAGGGAGAGUGGAAGGUCCCCCACGGUUCCUCUUUCAGCUCAGCCAAAGAGAUGGGCAGCCUUGAAGACGAGGAAGAGGAGCCCCUGUCACUCGCAGCAGACAGCCCAACCGAGCUGUCACUGGCCUCUGCACAAGGCAACUCCCAUGAAAUCCCCACCACCUCCUUCUGCCCCAACUGCAUCCGUCUGAAGAAGAAGAUCCGGGAGCUGCAGGCCGAGUUAGACAUGCUGAGAUCUGGGAAGUUACCCGAGCCACCAGUCCUACCGUCCCAGGUACCUGAGCUCCAAGAAUUCUCAGACCCCACAGCUUCAGAAAGCAUCAUCUCUGUUCCCACCAUCAUGGAGGAUGAUGACCAGGAGGUGGAUUCUGCUGAUGAAUCGGUUUCCAACGACAUGAUCGCUGCUACAGAUGAGCCUUCCAAGAUGUCUUCUGCCACAGGCCGGAGGAUACGGCGGUUCAAGCAGGAGUGGUUGAAGAAGUUUUGGUUCCUGCGGUACUCCCCAACUCUGAACGAAAUGUGGUGCCACGUCUGUCGGCAGUACACGGUGCAAUCCUCUCGGACUUCAGCCUUCAUCAUUGGCUCCAAGCAGUUCAAGAUCCACACGAUAAAGCUUCACAGCCAGAGCAACCUCCACAAGAAGUGCCUGCAGCUUUACAAGCUCAGGAUGCACCCGGAGAAGACAGAAGAGAUGUGCCGGAACAUGACUCUGCUCUUCAACACGGCCUACCACUUGGCCCUGGAGGGCAGGCCCUACUAUGACUUCCGGCCCCUGGCAGAACUGCUGAGGAAGUGCGAACUCAAGGUGGUGGAUCAGUACAUGAACGAGGGAGACUGCCAGAUCCUAAUCCACCACAUCGCCCGGGCCCUGCGGGAGGACCUGGUCGAACGCAUCCGCCAGUCCCCCUUCCUCAGCAUCAUCCUGGACGGGCAAAGCGAUGACGUGCUGGCCGACACGGUUGCAGUUUACGUGCAGUACACGAGCAGCGACGGGCCUCCAGCAACUGAGUUCCUGUCUCUGCAGGAGCUGGGAUUCUCUACCACAGACAGUUACCUCCAGGCCUUAGACAGGGCUUUCUCCAGCCUGGGAAUACGAUUGCAGGAUGAGAAGCCGACUAUUGGCUUGGGAGUUGAUGGUGCUAACAUCACUGCCAGCCUGAGAGCCAACUUGUUCAUGACAAUCAGAAAGACCUUGCCCUGGCUUCUCUGCUUGCCCUUCAUGGUGCACAGGCCCCACCUGGAAAUUCUGGACGCCAUCAGCGGGAAGGAGCUGCCGUGCUUGGAGGAGCUGGAAAACAACUUGAAGCAGCUGCUCAGUUUCUAUCGUUACUCGCCCCGACUAAUGUGUGAGCUAAGGGUCACUGCUGCCACCUUGUGCGAGGAGACCGAGUUCUUGGGGGACAUUCGAGCAGUGAAGUGGAUCAUUGGGGAGCAGAAUGUGCUCAAUGCUCUAAUCAAGGACUACCUUGAGGUCGUGGCCCAUCUCAAAGAUGUCAGUGGCCAGACCCAAAGGGCAGAUGCUUCUGCCAUUGCCUUGGCUCUCCUGCAGUUCCUGAUGGACUACCAGUCGAUUAAACUCAUCUACUUCCUGCUGGACGUGAUUGCUGUGCUGUCACGCCUCGCCUACAUCUUCCAAGGGGAGUACCUGCUCGUGUCACAGGUGGACGACAAAAUCGAGGAGGCCAUCCAGGAGAUCAGCCGGUUGGCAGACUCGCCUGGGGAGUACCUGCAGGAGUUCGAAGAGAACUUCCGUGAAAGCUUUAACGGCAUCGCUGUGAAAAACCUGCGGGUGGCCGAAGCCAAAUUCCAGUCGAUCAGAGAGAAGAUCUGCCAGAAGACCCAGGUGAUCCUCGCCCAAAGGUUUGACUCCCGGAGUCGGACAUUUGUCAAGGCCUGUCAGGUAUUUGACCUCGCGGCAUGGCCCAGAAGCACCGACGAGCUCAUGAGUUACGGGAAGGAGGAUAUGGUACAGAUCUUUGAACACCUGGAGACGGUCCCGUCCUUCUCCAGGGAUGUUUGCAGAGAGGGGAUGGACACCCGAGGGAGCCUGUUGAUGGAGUGGCGAGAACUGAAGGUGGACUAUUAUACCAAAAACGGUUUUAAAGACUUGCUCAGCCACAUCUGUAAAUACAAACAGAGAUUCCCCCUCCUCAACAAAAUAGUUCAGCUCCUCAAGGUCCUUCCCACCUCCUCGGCCUGCUGCGAGAAGGGCCGCAACGCCCUGCAGCGGGUGCGCAAGAACAACCGCUCGCGCCUCACGCUGGAGCAGCUCAGUGACCUGCUGACCAUUGCCGUCAACGGGCCACCCAUCGCCAGCUUCGACUGCAAAAGGGCCCUGGAUAGCUGGUUCGAGGAGAAGUCAGGCAACAGCUACGCGCUGUCGGCCGAAAUGCUCAGCAGGAUGUCCUCCCUUGACCAGAAGCCGAUGUUGCAGAGCAUGGACCACAGCUCUGAGUUCUACCCUGAUAUAUAGAAAAGGAAUGCCUCAGAUCUCAAAGCUGUUGAAUA